CUCUCUCCCCUCUAUUAAUAUUGGUGUCUGGAAAGGGAAGCAAAAGAAGAUCCAGAGAAGUAGUAGUAGUAGUAGUAGCUAGGUAGUGAUCGAUCUCGAGAUGGGUCGUGGGAAAAUUGAGAUAAAGUUGAUUGAGAACCCCACCAACAGGCAAGUCACCUACUCCAAGAGAAGGAAUGGUAUCUUCAAGAAAGCUCAUGAACUCAGUGUUCUUUGUGAUGCUAAGGUUUCCCUCAUCAUGUUCUCUAAAAACAACAAGUUGCAUGAAUAUAUCAGCCCUGGCCUUACGACAAAGAAGAUCAUUGAUCAGUAUCAGAAGACUCUGGGGGAUAUUGAUCUGUGGCGUUCCCACUAUGAGAAAAUGCUUGAAAACUUAAAGAAACUGAAAGAUAUUAACAUCAAGCUCAGGAGACAGAUCAGGCAUAGGAUAGGUGAGGGUUUGGACUCGGACGAUCUGAGCUUCCAGCAACUGCGCAAUCUUGAAGAGGAUAUGGUUGCUUCCAUAGGGAAAAUACGCGAAAGAAAGAUUCAUGUGAUCAAAACUCGGACUGAUACCUGUAAGAAAAAGGUUAGAAGCUUGGAGCAGAUGAAUGGAAAUCUCCUGCUUGAACUUGAAAAGUGUGUGAUCCAUCCACAAUUUCUUUUGCACGAUGAAGGAGACGAGGAAUCAGCAGUUGCAUUGGCCAACGGUGCCUCCAACUUGUAUGCAUUCUGUCAGCACCAUACUCAUCUGAGUCUUCCUCACCAUGGAGAACCCUUUAAAAUUGACGAUCUGCGCCUUGCUUGA